UUGUUCUUUCCUUCAGUCGUGUUUUCAGAGCCACAGCAGUGAAGCCAAAGAGAGCAUCUUUGGCUCAGCUGCAAUGACGGCCUACACACCCUACACUCCCUACACUGGCUACACCAAGCCACCCGUGUAUUACACGGAGUCGUACUACGAUCCAAAGAACCCUCCGACCACUGGAGACUACCCAGACACCCUUUAUGAGGAAAAAAAGGCUCUGGAGAAGAAGAAACGCAACAGCGCCAUUUGCUGUGAGGUUGUGGCUCUGGUCAUCGGCUUUCUUGGACUAAUUGGAGUGGCGGCGGUGACGGGUUUGCCCAUGUGGAAGGUAACAGCCUUCAUUGGAGAAAACAUCAUUGUGAUGGAGGUCCGUUGGGAGGGUUUGUGGAUGAACUGCUUCAGACAGGCCAACAUCAGAAUGCAGUGCAAGGUGUACGAUUCCCUGCUUUAUCUGCCGCCAGAGCUCCAGGCUUCCAGGGGUCUCAUGUGCACCGCCGUCGCUGUGACCACAUUCGCCGUGAUCGUUUCUGCAGUGGGGAUGAAAUGUACCACAGCAGUAGGCCACCGUGCCCGAACAAAGCACGUUAUUCUUGUAUCUGGUGGCUGUCUCUUCCUCCUGGGUAGCGUCACAACCUGGAUCCCCGUGUCCUGGACCGGCCACGUCAUCAUCCAGGACUUCUACAAUCCGCUGCUGAUCGACGCCCAGCGCAGGGAGCUCGGGGAGGCCCUGUACAUUGGUUGGACGUCUGGAGGUUUGCUUUUUGCUGCUGGGGUGAUCCUGCUGUGUCGUCAUGCUCCCCGCAUACAGGAUUCAGAUGAGAGGAUAAUCUACAACCCUGGUGAAAGUGUCUACCAACCUCCAUACACUAACCAGCCGUACACCUACCAGCCAUACAAUUACCAGCCAGGAAACACCUACCAGCCUGCGUACUCCUUGCCCCCACCAGGGUCUGUAGCAUACACACCAAGUCAGUACUAGACAACCUUUGGACUUGGGUUUGAAACUCGUUAAAUGUUUGGCUCAACUGAUGAGAAGACUCAAGUGACUGAGACCAACAAGCAGUCUCCUGAGGCGGGGGCUUGUUGUUUUAGUGUUUUGAUUGUGAACUUGUUUUUGUUUAAAUCACAAUAAACUGAUGAUUUUCUGUAAUUUUUGUUUUGUAUACCCAAUACCUACAAUGUUCAAAUGUCAAUAAUUCAACAGAAAUGCUGUUUUGUAGAAAUCAUCAACCGGACUUUGUCAAAGCCAGUUUGUCUCUUUACUUUUUAGAUGCUGUCAUGAAUGUAUACAUGAUUUCAUAGUGCCACAAAUCAUGAAGCUAUUUACCAUUUUAAGUUAAUAAAUUAGUGAGAAAGUGGUUGGUAUUUUAUUUUGUUUGGUGAGAACUCCUAGUUUUGACCGGGGCUGUGUAAAUAGAAAACUAUGUUGUCGUGGAAAUGUGAUGGAACUGGUAAAACAAGAAUUUCAUGUAUCUCAACUCACAACACAACCAGGUUAAAGGUGCAACCCUCAGAUUUUUGUUUUAUUUUUCUGAAGCGCAGACUUAGACAAAACACCCCGACAAGAUGUUUACAAUUAAGAUGCUAUAUCUAGAGGAAAAAUCUCAAUAAUAGAAGUGUGUGUGUGUGUUAAUACCAGUGAUGGAAAUAAAAUCAUCUAAACUAACGGCGUUACUAAAAAAACAGGUUUUUACAGUAAUGAGUAAUCUAAUUACUUACCGUCCUCUUUUAUCUUUCCAUUACCGAUAAGAAAAUGCCUGCGUUACUCAUUCAGCAGCGCGGUGUUGAAGCUGUCAUCAGCUGAUCGGGAGCUAAACAGGUGGAUGUUUUUAUCUGAGUGCAUCACGGCCCGUGAAAAACGAGGAAGACGUGAUGAAUAGUUACAGCUGCAGACUCGCAGAUUCGCUGCUGCAGGUGGGAAUCUGCAGUCGUGCCCUUCUUGGAGUGACAGCAGGACGUCACCCGUUCACCACUCAGACAUCACGAUCUUCUACCUUCCUAGAUCAUCCAGCUGUAACCUGUUCCUGAUCAUGUCUUUAGUCCCGCUGUGACACUGAUGCAUCAGUCUCAGGCGUCAUGGAGCUCAGGUGUUAUUAGAACUACCUGUGUGUGUUUACCACGCAGCUUCAGCUCUUCUGUGUUUGAGUCUGACCCAAGUUAAUAAAUGUAAGUCGUCCAUCAGA